AUGGCCUCGGAGCCGGCGGUGCGCGCCCGGCUGCGGCGCGCGGGCCAGGAGCACCUGCUGCGGUUCAGCGCGGAGCUGGCGCCCGGGGCGCGGGCCGCGCUGCUGGCCGCGCUGGCGCCGCUGGAGCCGGGGGCGCUGCGCGAGCACUGCCUGCGCGCGGCCGCCGCCCGGGCCCGCGCCCCGGGGCCCCCGCCCGGCCUGGCCGCGCGCCUGCGGCCGCUGCCCCCCGAGCGCCUGGGCAGCGCCGCCCGCAGCGACCCCGCGACGCGGCGGCUGUGGGAGGAGGAAGGUCUGCGCCAGAUCGCCCUGAACAAGGUGGCGGUGCUGCUGCUGGCCGGCGGGCAGGGCACGCGCCUGGGCGUGGCCUACCCCAAGGGCAUGUACCAGGUGGGGCUGCCCAGCGGGAAGACGCUGUACCAGCUGCAGGCCGAGCGGAUCCGGCGGGUGGAGCAGCUGGCCGGUGGGCGCCACGGGACGCGCUGCACGGUGCCCUGGUACAUCAUGACCAGCGAGUUCACGCUGGGGCCCACGGCCCAGUUCUUCCAGGAGCACGGCUACUUCGGCCUGGACCCCGGCAACGUGGUCAUGUUCGAGCAGCGCAUGCUGCCCGCCGUGGCCUUCGACGGCAGGGCCAUCCUGGAGCGGAAGGACAAGGUGGCCAUGGCCCCAGACGGCAACGGGGGCCUGUACUGCGCGCUGGCCGACCACGGGAUCCUGGAGGACAUGGCGCGGCGGGGCGUGGAGUUCGUGCACGUGUACUGCGUGGACAACAUCCUGGUGCGGCUGGCCGACCCCGUCUUCAUCGGCUUCUGCGUGCUGCGGGGCGCGGACUGCGGCGCCAAGGUGGUGGAGAAGGCGUACCCCGAGGAGCCGGUGGGCGUGGUGUGCCUGGUGGACGGCGCCCCCCAGGUGGUGGAGUACAGCGAGAUCAGCCCCGAGACCGCCAGCCUCCGCACGCCUGGCGGGGGCCUGCUCUACGGCGCAGGCAACAUCUGCAACCACUUCUUCACGCGCAGCUUCCUGCAGGCGGUCACCAGGGAGUUCGAGCCCCUGCUGCAGCCCCACGUGGCCGUGAAGAAGGUCCCCUACGUGGACGAGCAGGGGAACCAGGUGCAGCCGCUGGAGCCCAACGGGAUAAAGAUGGAGAAGUUCGUGUUCGACGUGUUCCCGUUCGCUGAGAACUUCAUGGCCUUCGAGGUGCUGCGGGAGGAGGAGUUCUCCCCUCUGAAGAACGCCGAGGCGGCCGACAGGGACAACCCCACCACAGCCCGGCGGGCCCUGCUCGCCCAGCACCUCCGCUGGGCCCUGCAGGCCGGGGCCCGCUUCCUGGACGCCCACGGGGCCCCGCUCCCGGGGCUGGCCAGCCCGCCCAGCGGUGGAGAGCCUCCGGCCGUCUGCGAGAUCUCGCCGUUGGUGUCCUAUGCUGGAGAGGGUCUGGAGGUGCACUUGCGAGGCCGGGAGUUCCAGUCCCCUCUCAUCCUGGAUGAGCACCUGAUCGGGGCUUCGCAGCCCUGA